AUGGUGGUUCUGCUAGUACUGCUGCUGAUUAAUGAACUCACACUGGGAGACUUGGCAGCUGAUUCGUUGAUAUGCGACUGCAAGCUGACCCAGUUUGUCUUGUGGCUGACCAAUCAGAAGUCUCAUUUGAAGGAGGACGUCGUGUGUGGUCUGCCGUCUGCUCUCAGAAGAAGAAGGGUGGCCGGUGUGAAGGUCGAAGAGUUACUUUGCGAUCUUCCACUGGAACUCCCGCACUUCUUCAUCCAUCCAUCAUCCGACCUCAUCAUCUUUGAAGGUGACGUCAUGUCGAUCACGUGUCAGGUGGGCGACCUUGAACCUAACAUGACCUUUACCUUCAUUCACGAUGACGCAGUUGUCACAGGCACGGAGGGCCCCAAAGAUGGGAUGAGCGCGCAAGUGAAAGGAGUAACAUCGGAAGAGAUGAUGAUGAUUAGAGGGGUGAUAGUGGAGAUGAAUGAGAGUGCUGACAGGAGGGUGAAAGAGAUGAAGUUGGUGGUGGAGAGGGUGGGGCGCAUCCACGGGGGAAGGUGGGGGUGUGUGGUCAGUUCUGAUGAUGCCAACGUUACCAGGUCGAUAAACAUCAUCGUUCUGCCUCAGAACCUCACGUACUGCCCCUCCGACCUGACCACGGACAACAAGGGCAGCUACGUGUGGCCACAGACGCUAGUGGGCGUCGAAGUGGCGCUUCCAUGUGUGUCCACCGCUGAUGACGAGAGGGCCAGGAGGAAGUGUGGCUGGGGAGGGGAGUGGAUGGAUUCUGACACGUCUAGCUGCCUCCACGAAGAUCUCAUCACUCGCAUCCUCAAGGAAUCAGCUUCCGCAUUGAGGUACAUGAACGAGGACGAUGUCGUCCACAACAUCGAUCAUUACGUCAAGUUCACGUGCAACAAAUUUGGCACGUACACGUUGGCCGAGGCAACCACCAGCGGCCUGACGCUGCUGCUGAUGUCUAUGAAGAGGAUUGACGUCAUCGUCUGCGUUGGCUCACUCAUCACCAUUGCUACACUGGUCGUCAUCAUCUGCAUCUAUGCCAAACACUACAGCCAACUGAACCACACCAUCAUGUCCACCACCACCACCUCGGCGGCGACCACACUGACCACACGGACCGCCCACAACAUCAACCACAUCAUCUUCCCGUCACCAAUCACGUUCGACCAGCGGCGCAAAUCGAAAGUGAAACCAAUCCUGGGAAUUUACCUGCUUGGCUGGGGAGUUGGUCUCAUUCUUUGCGGGGUAGCGUCGGCCAUCAAUUGGAAUCAUCAUCAUCACCAUCAUGGUGAUGGUGGUAGUGAUGUUCGCAUCAGACGAACCAUUUGUUUCUUGAACAAGAGCGCUUCCCUGCUGAUGAUGUUCCUCCCGGCCCUCACCAUCAUCAUCAUCAACCUCAUCAUCUUCAUUAGGUCGUCCAUACUCAUCAGGAAGUACGGCAAGCAGAAUGACGCCGGCGGUGAUGAUGAUGAUGAUGACGAGGACAGUGAUGAUUGUGAUUGCUACUGUUAUGAUAAUGACAACAAUCUCGUCCCAGAUGAUUAUAACGAUGAUGAUAAUGACGAUGGUGAUGAUGAUGACGACGAUGAUGAUGAACUCGAAGCAAACAGUUAUAGAAUGAAGGAGAUGAAAUGCCCGUCAUCAUCAUCAACACGCUACUCACUCUCCUUAUCGUCCAACCGCCGUCGCCAUUGUGGCCACCACCGUUGCGGUCAUCACCGACGUCAUGCUGCUUGUGGCGUCGGGAUGAGUAAUAACUCACGUGACGUCCGGGUGAGUAGCUCACGUGACGACGUUGCCGGAAGUUGCAGCAAGCUGAUAGGCUCCUCCCACACGCUGCAUCGUUCUGACAGUGACAAUGUCUUCAACGCUCGCACUGGUGUUAAUAAUAAUAAUAACAUUAAUAAUAAUAAUAAUAAUAACAAUAAUAACAAUAAUAAUAAUAACAAUAAUGAUGUGGGAAGCAAGCCAGUCAGUGAGCAUAACUUGAACGUGAACGUUCGAGGAUUCGGCGAGAUGUACAGCGCGUGCAGCCAAUUGUGUGGAUGCUCCGCCCUCCUCUUCCUCUUCUGCGUCAUCUGGUGCUUCGCCAUGUUGUCCGUUCUGCCACACACGCCGAAACUCUCCUCACACAAGUUCAACUACAGACUUCUCUACAAGAUUGGCUACUUGUGUCUGUCCAUUCUAAUGUCCGCUUUCAUGUUUAUCUACUUUUGUUUUGGAAGCUGCUGUCAUCGCGCUAAGGAUAGAGUUGAUGGCAGAUGUGGUGAUGAUGGUGAUAAUUAUUUUGGCGGAGCUGGUGUCGAUAUUGAAGAUGGUGAAGAUGCUGUCGAGAAUUGUGGUGACGAUGGUGAUGAUGACGUCGAUGAUGACGUCAAGGUUGAUGCUGAUGAUGAUGAUGACCUGGUAGUGACGCGUGGUUACCUUCACCACCACCAACCAAUAAACACCACUAACAACAACCACAACGACGGCAGUAGCCACAUCAACUGCACUGGCAACAAGCUACUACAACAUUAUCAGCCACAACAACAGCAACAACAUCAUCAUCAUCCCCUAUUGCAACAGCAUCAUUGUCAACAAUUCUAUAACCAAAAUCCUUCACAACAUCCGAUCCAAUUCAGCAACACAACUGGAAAAUACAACAAGAACGUUUAUGUUGCCAACAACAACAACAACAACAACAACGACAUUUAUGUAGCCGACAACAACAACAGUGACAACAUCAACAACACUCGCAAGUUCCAUCAUGACGGAAAUUACAACUGUCUUGAGGAAUCAAAUUUUCUUCCCCCUGCUAACAACAAUAACCACAUUAAUUAUAACAUCUUUAACAACAACAACUUAAACAGCAACAACGACAACAUGCAACCGGCGUUCAACAACAUGUGUUGGGGAUUAAGUGGACAACAAUUAUUUCAUGCACCAUUAGUAACAACAACUACAUUAGUAUCAACAACAACAACACACGUGCUAUCAACAACAUUUUUAACCGCACUAACAACAGUUUCAACAUCUUCAUCAACAUCGGCAACACUAGCUCCAACAAAUAACAAACCUGCAAGCAGUUCAUUUUCCGGAUCGAAGAUGCAGACAUGUCUGGCAACAGCAGUUGCAGCAACAACGUCUAGCCACGCAACAGUGCCAGCGUCAACAUUAGCUACAACCGUCGCAACAACAACACCAACAACUUCAACAACUAAAUCAUUACCAGCACCAACACUCGAUCAAUCGGUUCAUGUUGAUGUCAGCUGCAACAUCAACUUCCACAACGCCAAGCAGAGAGGGAUUGCCAAGAAGUACUGGCAGAGAAGGAGGAAAGUUGCGAAAAAUAUUGCAAACACUUCCAACACUGAUGCAAAUGUUCCCAACAAUGUUGACAACAUCGCAGUCGUUGGCAGUGUUGUAGAGCCUGUUGUGAAGAGUGGCGGUCUUGUUGGAAAUAAUCUCAACAUGUGCCUGACGAAAAGUCAUCCGUUGAUGGCAUUAAUGCCAUUCGACACUUCUCAACAAGAUCAGACGACUAGUGAACAUGCGGCAAACAGAUUACAACUCUUCAAUGUUGAUGGAACCAACAACAGAAUUCCAUCCACUCCUUACAAGUUUGAUUGCAACAACAACAACAACAAUUCUAUUAACGAGGUUAAAAACGUCAACAAUAAUGUCAUCAGUACUAACAACAACAACAGCAAUAGCAACUACAACAAUGACUGCAACAACAUCAACCAUUCCUCCAAUUUCUUCAGCCAUCACAAUAGCCAUCACAGAUGUUACAACAACAAUGUUUUUAACCGCGAAAUCCACAACAACAUCAACAACAAAAUCCACAACAACAACUACAAAAUCCACAACAACAACAUUCACAACAACGACAUCAACAUCAACAACAACAACAAAAACAUCGACAACGUUUACAAAGACGUCAACAACAGCAACAAUGUUGAGAGAAUUAACAACUUUAAUACCAUCAACAACAACAACAUCAACAACAACAACAACAUAGCAAUCACUCAACUACAUUACAAACUGUUUACUGACAAUGUUCUUAACGAUAAUAACAAUAGUAACAACAACAACAACGACACUAAAAAUAAAUUAAAUAAUAAUAAUAGUAAUAAAUUAAAUUACACUAGUAAUUAUUACAAUGGGGAAAAUAGAAAUGUGCGUGAUGAUGAUAUUUGGAUGAAGAAUUUAAGGAGGAAAGAAAAUGAAACCACGUUUUGA